GAAAAAUAUAAUGUCCAACUGACUUUAUUAUUAUUAUAUCGAAGCUCGCAAUACUCAUUAGCCGCAACGUUUAAACAAAAGAAAACCCAUCAAUCACAAUAUGAAUAGAUGACCUUUCAAAUGCUCAACCUCUUCGGAAACAGUGUGUGCCACUAUCUAUUUCCUAACUUCGCCGCUAUUGGACAUUGUAAUUCUGGCGGCUUAUAAGUAUGGUAUCGCUACGGUGUUGAGUAUUUAAACCAUUGUUUCCGAACGAAUUCAAACUGUCGAUUAUUACUCAAGAAAAUUAGCAUUUUCUGAUAUCCCAAUCCCAAUUUUGUCAAGUUCACAAAGUUCUAAUAAUGGAAUUCCCCAAUCUCGGUGAGAAUUGCUCAGUGUCAACUUGUCGAAUGCUUGACUUCUUACCCCUUCGAUGCUCGGGGUGUCACGGGGUUUUCUGCAAGGACCACUAUCUGUAUGAUAAUCACAACUGUAAAAGUCCUGAUAUUAAAAACAAACAAGUCCCAGUUUGUCCUUUAUGCGGAGCGAUUGUUCCUUUAAGACCGGGGGAACUUCCUGAUGUACAGGUAGGGAAUCAUAUAGAUGCAGCUUGCCGCUCAAAACCAGCUUUAGAGUUAAAAGGAAAACUAUUUAGCAAUGCUUGUUGUAUGCCUCGUUGUAAAAAGAAAGAACUUAUACCUUUCACUUGUGAUCGGUGCAAAUUGAAUUUCUGUGUCUCACAUCGUAAUGAAUUAGAUCAUGCGUGUAAAGGAUUUCAGGGGAAUCAGAAUAGUUCAAGAAAAUUGUCAGCUGCUGGUGCAGCAGCUAUAUACAGAGCUGUUUUUAACAAUUCCAAUAAUAGCAAUAAUACAUCUUCAAAGGGAGCGUCAUCGACAAACAAAUUCCAGUCCGGCACUACAUCUUUCGAUGAGAAUUCACAUAAAAGACUACAAGAAGAAGAAGACUUUCAACUGGCGUUGGCUUUGUCUGCUUCACUUUCAAAUGAAUCUCCUUUACAAUCAUCAAGACCAACGCCUAAUAAUACCUCCCAAAAAUCUCCAUCAUGUUCUAUUUCCUGAUACAUGCAGAUAGUCUUACAUUGCUAUCUGUUGUACAUUUUUUUAAUAACCUCUGGGCCUCAGGUCGUAUUUAUAAUACAUUUAUUUCUUUAGAAUUCUUCAUUUUAUUUAUAAACUUUUGCGAAAGAAAUAUGAUUGUUUUUUGUUGUUAUAUUUCUUUAGCCAGUUAUUCAGAGAAGAUGUUAGCAUUAAUUUUCAGUCUUUCAUGUUUGUUUUGUUUUUAGUAUUCAUCAGAUUUCUAUGUGUAAUUUAUGACAUGAAAAUGUAUUGCAGCCAGUGCUGACUUUCCUUUCAAAAUAUCGAGUGCUUUUCAAUUUAUUUAUUUGAAAGAAGAGUGUUAAUAGUUUUGUUU